AAUGUAUGCACACAUUCUGUACUCUGUAACUUGAUGAAGGUCAUGUUUGAAGGCUAAGCAAUGUUUUCAGCCUUGUUUAUGUGCCUACUGACCACUCGGCGCCUCUGUGUGGUAGCUAUUACCGUUACUCCUUCCAUUAUUUAUUAAUAAUACUCUAAGAAUAUGGUUGUUUUCUUUAAUUGUUUGUGUGUCUGAUUAAUGUCUUAGGCUGUAAAAAUACUUAGUCAGAUCCUAAAAUACUUGUACAUGUUUAGUCACGAUGUGAUCUGACUUCUUAACUGUUGAAAUGUGAAGUCUACUCAACACAAGCGUCUGUUUUGUUUUCUUCUUACUCUUAUGAUCUUCAUUUGUUUUUCAUAUCAGACUUCCUCCCUACAUCCUCGCAUUCUCUCUUAGAUAUUUCUGAAUAGUUUUGCUUAGUUCAGAAUAUUCUAUCAUUUACUGGGUUAUUACUUACCUGAAACUCUGGCGUUCUCAAAAUGUUGCUGAUCUCUGUUUUACAUUUCCCCCCCUUCUACAUAUUUGCGACAUGUUUUACUUUUUGCCUAAGUACCUUUUUUAUAAAAAGAAAAUAGUUGCCAUUUUCUCUAUUUCUGUAUAAUCUUUAUUUUCAAGAUGCUGGGUUGAGGCUCAAUUCUUAGAGAAAUUCUCAAAAGCUACAGUUUUGGCUUCCAACCUGAUCAGUAUUUACUGCUUGUCCAUUUUCAGCCUAGAUAUUAUUGGAAAGUGGAAAACAAUUCAAGACUGUCACAUCCUGUAUAAUUAGCAUACUAGACUGGUAUGUAAAGACCAACAGCAUCCUGUAAUUGUAGAACAAAAUAAUUGGCUGACUUACCCAAAAUGCUUGUGGAAUCUGCUUUGGCAAAUAUAACACUACCACAAUCUUUUGCAGCAAUCCUAGAAUACAUUCAGGAAUUUUGUGCAGAAAAAUUUGACAUAUCAGUAGCAUGGAAAUCUUUAAGCACUGCAUAUGCAAGAAACCACUGGAUACAACCAGGUCACUAUCCGUGCAAUGUCUGUGGUAAAUCAUAUCGUUACUACAGCAGUCUUUAUCGGCACACUGCAUUUGAAUGUGGCAAAGAGCCACAGUUUGCUUGUCCUAAAUGUCCAUACAGAGCAAAGCAAAGGGGUACACUUCGGAAUCACAUUUUAAUGCGACAUCAGCGUAAAGUUCACCUUUCAUCCACACAGCUGGAUAACAGUUAAAUAGUGUAAAUGAUUUUAGGAGCAUUAAUAUAGUGAGUUUGUGCAAUUUUUUUAAUACAUGUAACAGAAAGCUGUGAAAAAUGUAUCGUUCUGUGUGUCAGUGUAUUUCUUGUAAUGCCAAGCUGUGUUAGUUCCUUCUUUAUAAAUUCAAGGAAAAAUAUUUUCGAGAAGAAAUGGCUGGCAUAAUAACCUGGUGGAGAUUGAAUUAGUCAUCUGCUUUGCACAUCUGGACAAAAGUAAUUGUUAAAGAUAACACCAUGUGUUGGACAUGAUUCUGUGUAACUCAAACUGACCAGAGAAGAGUGUGUGUCUUCAUUUCAAUUAUAUUAUU